UGUGGGCAUCGAUAACAUCCUGUCUACAGGCGACCUCACAGCGAUGCUGUUGUUUCCAGUCAGCCAAUCACAUUCUGCCUCUGCCUUGAGAGGGGGGUGAUAACCCUCCUGACUGGGCCUGACUGCAGUGUCUCUCUCUGGGAACAGUGAUGUGCGAGCUGGCCCACCUCCUGACAGCAGCAAGGUAAAGACCAGCACUCUCUGAAAGCCACAUAACAUCACCAUCAUGGACCCUGUCAUCAGUGUUCUGGAGCUGGUGGGGGUUCUGAUCUCAGCGGGGGCCUGGCUCUGCUCUCUGGCCACCACCCUGAUGUCCUCAUGGCUCACACUGUCCAACUUGCUGGUCACAGAGACUCUUGGGGUGGGCCUCUGGGAGACCUGCGUGCUAAAUCAGCAGGGAACACUGGAGUGUAGGCCCUAUGACAGUCUGCUGGGGCUGCGACCAGAGAUCAAGCUAGCCCGGAUCCUCAUGUGCACGGCGCUAGGGGUAGGAAUGCUGGGGCUUUUGCUUGCCAUACCCAGCCUCCACCUUGUCAACGGCUGCCGGCAACAGUUGGAGGACGUGAGCUGUAAGAGGGCCCUGAAGGCAACCAGUGGGGCAUUGUGGCUGGUGGCGGGGAUCCUGGGCCUCAUCCCAGUUUCCUACAUCGCCCAUGUGACGGUCGAACAGUUCUUCGAUGAGUCAGUGCCUGACAUGGUCCCACGAUGGGAAUUUGGGGAUGCUCUGUUCUGUGGUUGGACGGCCGGCGUCCUUUAUCUAGCUGCAGGAAUGCUGCUGCUAAUUUCCUGUUUUUAUGUGCAGAAGCUAAACAGUAACAGACCCGUUGAUGUCCCUCCGGUCCUGACGAAGCUAGAACCUGACUCCAUGAGAACCAGAUCUGAGUAUGUCUGAGACCACCUCAUAAAAAGGCUGCUACAAGUCUUCUUCAACCUUUUCUGCAUCUAAAACUAAACGUUGGACUACCACACUUCAAUUUGUGGCUCUUGAGAUCAGAUUGGAGUAUUUCAGCGAAUUUCCAGAAGGGAUGUUACAUUCCUGGUUUUGAGGUUGUAUCCAAAGAAGAGGUUAAAAAUUUUCUUAAAACUAGACUUUACCCAAACGACUGUCACAACUAGAUCUGAAUAGAACAACAGGGAGGUCUGAGGUUGCUCCUCUAAUUUGACAAAGUGAGACCAGAUCAGGAGGUUCAGUCCAAACCUGCAGUAAAACAGAUGAUUUCUCUAUAGAAUUUCGAUGGUUUCAGAGGUUUGAAAGAUAUAAGUUUAAAAUGUUCUUGAUCACAAACAGAUGUAAAUUUCCUUCUUAAUCUGUUAGGAGGGAUGGAAUUUCUCUAAAAUAAAGCUUCAGACUAAAUCAAAGUUUAUGUUUUUAUUUUAAUUUAAAAAUAACAUCUAAGACAAAGAUGUUCUUGCUUUUUAACUGCUUUGGUGGUUUAAACUAAAGAAUCAGAGAGAAAAUAAAUCAGAUCAUUUUGUCCUGUUGUUAAUUGGACUGCAUGUAAUCACCUUAAAAUGAUGAGAGAUGCCAGUUUAUAGUUCUGAUUUCGGAUGUUUAUGAGCAGCAGAAAAAAAACCCAGUGAAGAAUAUUUGAGCAACACACCCAGACCUUCAGGAUCUGUCGAGCGUUUUAUUCCCUGCGGUGACUUAUCUUUGUUUCAAUCAUUGAGAUGUUUGCUUUAGUUUUCCUAGAGCCAAAGAGAUGAAAGCUGCUGCGGUUUCCUGCUUUAUUCAUUUCAUUUAAACACUUUAUGUAGUUUUUAUUGUUAGUCUUAA